CUUUGUGAGUGCGCAAGUCACGUUUUUUUAAUGAAUUUGACCUAGCUGGAGCGGGCAUUCGGCUGUUGAUAAAGUGUUGUGAAUUAUGUCGAUUCCUAGAAAAAUUGCAAUUUUUGGUGCCAGCGGCCAGAUAGGAAUCAAAGCCACAGAGUUCGCUUUAGAACAUGGCUGCCAGGUGCGAGCAUUGUUGAGGGACCCAGAGAAAAUGCCAGAAGCGUUACGGAGUAAAGUUGAGGUGGUGAAGGGUGAUGUCACUAAGGAAGAGGAUGUGAAAGCAACAGUAGCUGGACAGGAUGCUGUUGUUGUAACACUGGGCACACGGAAUGAUUUAAAACCAACUACUGUCUUAUCUGAUGGGAUGAAGAACAUUGUUGCAGCAAUGAAGCAGCAAGGCAUCCAGCUUGUCUCUGUCUGCAUUUCAGCAUUUUUGUUUUAUGAGCCAGAAAAAGUGCCAGCAAUCUUCCAUGCAUUAAAUGCUGAUCACCAAAGAAUGUAUGAUGUUUUGAAGGAGAGUAGUCUGAAGUGGAUUGCAGUUCUGCCACCUCACUUUACAGAUGAACCAAGCAGUCACUACAGUGUCAAGCACGGAUCUUCACCUGGCCGUGCUAUUUCAAAACAAGAUCUUGGUGCUUUUAUGAUUGAAAGCUUAUCAAACCCAGAGCAUUACGGCCAAACAUGUGGAAUUGCUAACGCUCCAGAGGCAGGAGAUAAAUAAUUAUAUUGUUGUUCUACGUACAAUACAACUUGGUCAAAUAAUGAAUGAAAUAUGGCUGUCAAAUGAGGGGUUAAGAUUGAGUCUGAGUGCAUUACAUACUGUUCAGCAUAAAUUUUCAGUUAAGAGGAUUAAUGCUAAAUAUAAGUUUCAAACGAUGGAAACUCCAGGUAGGAAUACAACAAUGUAGGAAAACACAGAUUGCUACUUGCCGUAAAGAAGACACAUCAAGUUGUAGACAGGCACGAUUAAAAGACAGUCACAUAUAGCUUUCAGGCCGGAAAACCUUGGCUUGCAGAUGUGCCAUUUUUAUCAUUGCUGGAGUUUACGGUCGUGUGUAUGUGAGGUGUGAUUGCUUUUUGUGUGUGUGUGUGUGUGUGUGUGUCUUUAAUGAUAAAGGGUGCGGCAAAAAGCUAUCAUGUCUGUCUGCCUCUUGAUGUGUCUUCCUUACGGUAAGUAGCAAUCUGUAUUUUCCUAUAUUGUUAUAACACAAGUUUGUUAUUCUGUAAACAGCACCGGUAACAAUGUAUGACUGGAUAGGAGUAUUUUCAUGUUAAGAGGCCACAGUUAAUCCACUUAUUUUUAUGGAAUGAAAUUCAAUAAUUUUAGUGGGCAUUGUAACUCAACAACUGGACGUUAAACAGUUUUUGAUAUUGCAUGAAAAUCUAUGUUUUUUCGUUUCUUGUGCUCUUGGUUGUAAUUUUCUAGCUCAUUAUGUAAUCCUUUGGCUUGUAGAUGAGACAUUUUUAUAAUUUGUUCAGCUUUCCAGCUGUAGAAAUACCCCAAUAUAAAUUUCUAUGUGUGAAGGUGGAAGCAUUGUAUUAUAAAUACAUAAAUAAACAAAAAAAAGACCUUAUUAAAAGAUUGAACAUUUA